GUUCGUACAAAGGUAUGUCACGAAUAGUGACUCAAUUGAUUUCACACGCAAUUCGUACGUUUAUGAACGGGUACAGAGUAUAGAGAUUGCUGAAUCAUGGCACCCAACAAUGCCCUGCCAGUCUGGGGCAAUGAGAAAACCAUGAACCUGAACACUCUCAUACUGACCAACAUUCAGUCGUCACCAUACUUCAAGGUCAACCUGUUUGAACUGAAGACAUACCAUGAAGUCAUAGAUGAAAUAUACUACAAGGUGAUGCACCUGGAACCGUGGGAGAAAGGCAGUCGGAAGACAGCAGGCCAAACAGGGAUGUGUGGCGGGGUGCGUGGGGUGGGGGCAGGAGGCAUUGUGUCUAGUGCCUAUUGUCUGCUGUACAAACUGUUUACUCUCAAGCUGACCAAGAAACAACUCAUUGGCCUCAUCACCCAUGCUGAUUCUCCCUACAUCCGAGGCCUGGGCUUCAUGUAUAUCAGGGCGGCAAAAGCAGUCAAAGCGCGCUACGUUACUCAACUUCGUGGCUUGUGCGGCGACAAGUGGCACAGUCUGCUGUUGCUGCUGUUGCAGGAGAUUGAUGUCAAAGCAGGUGGAGGACAUGCAAUCACAAUAGGAGAGCUGUGUCGGCAGUACCUGGUGAAGCUGGAGUGGUACUCCACGCUCUUCCCUCGCAUCCCGGUCCCUGUACAGAAGUCCAUCCAGGAGAAGUUGAAGACCCGUCCCGCUCUGCGCCCCGCUGCUGAGGAGACUGAGUUCAUACCCCAUGAGAGGAAUCGAGAGGAGGAUGUGUCGUUCGGUGAGGCUGAACGUGCUGCCAACAGACGAAGUCCUCCAAGAAGACAUAGGUCAAGGUCACCUCGGAGGUCACCUCAUAGACGGCCCUCACCCCGCCGUUCACCAAGACGAUCUCCACAAAGAAGACACUCGCCUCGUAGAAGUUCCCCAAGACAAGAACGAGAGAGGGAUCGGGAGAGGAGGGGUCAAGUGGAUGAUUUUGCAAGGGAACUGGAACGAGAAAAGGAACGGCAGAGGCGCGAGAAAGAAAAGGAUCACAAACGAGAGAAGGAGAGGAGGAAGGAAAAGGAUUCCCAUCGUAGUCGAGAUACCCAAAGUUCUCAUGGCAGGGAUCGGCGAGAGGAAGGCCGAAACAAAGAGAAGAGAAGGUCACACAGUAGAGAACGGCAUGAAAGGUCAAAGAGUCGAGAUAAGUCGCGCAGGUCGCGUAGUCGUGAGAAGCACGAAAAGUCCCACAGCGAAGAUAGAGUAGAGAGAUCUGAAAGGCACAAACAUAGGUCAACUGAUGAGCACAGAGAGAAGCGAAGGUCAAGGUCACGAGAACCCAAAAGGUCAAGGUCAAAAGAGAAGAGUAGGGAUAAGCAUGGCCGAUCUCGGGAAGAUAAGGACAAAGACUCAAAUCGUGAACACAAACGAAAUAGACAUGAUGGUGAAAACGGCGAGUCUUAGUGCCACAAAACUCACUAGGCAUUCACUCCUUUAUCUUCUCAAACGUGCAGCAGUUUGACUGUCCAGUAUAAAUGAAGUUGAGUGUUUUAUCCAGCUCAUUGUUGCCUGUUGAGAUGAGACUGAUUACGUAGAUGGUGGUCAUGAGGUGCUGUAUGUUGCUGCUGUCAUUUUGCUGAUCCACACAUUCUGUUUUGUACAUAAACACAUCAUUUUAU